UUCAUGUUGUCCUAACUACGACCUUAUCCAUUUGUCUCUCUCUGGUCCCUUCUAUAAUUCUCCUCCCAUAUGAUCAGAAAGUAAGUAUAUAUACACCACAUACAAGAGGAAUUCUCUUCCUAACAAAACCACUUGAACAAUCUUUCAUUUGCUAUUGCUCUUAUAUACUAAGUUUAUACCUUCCUAAGAUUUCUCAUUCCGAUUAAAGUUGUCAAUCAAGAUUUCUUCUUCUUCGUCGUGGUUGUUUAGUUUCAGCAAGCAAUCAGCACAUACUUGCUCUAAUUAUAUAAGCCAAACAAACACUAGCGUGUUCCCCAUUGAUGAUGAAGCCUGAGAAGAUAGUUUCUUCAGCCUCAACAACGGAAGGGCUGGGUGACUCCAACUCCCAUGAUAAGAUUGAGACAACAUCAUCAUCAUCAUCAUCAUCUCCGAAAUCUACCUUUAGAAAAUUAUGUCACAAGUUAUCUCCCAGUCCCAGCAGAAAGUCAGAAAAGAGUUCUCCUUUGGGGGUGGGGUCCGAGCUGCAGAGGGUGUUCAGGUACUUUGACGAGGACGGCGACGGUAAGAUCUCACCGGUGGAGCUACAGAGCUGCCUGAGGACGGUGGGAGGGGAGUUAUCUUGGGAGGAGGCAGAGAUGGCAGUUCAGUCAUCGGAUUCGGAUGGAGACGGGAUGUUGGGGUUGGAGGACUUCGCCAAGCUGAUGGAGGGUGGGGCCGAGGACGAGCUGAGAGAGGCGUUUGGGAUGUACGAGAUGGAGGGGACAGGUUGCAUAACCCCCAAGAGUUUGAAGAGGAUGCUGAGAAGACUCGGUGAGUCUACAUCAAUCGACAACUGCAAGACCAUGAUUCGCAAGUUCGACCUCAAUGGAGACGGCGUCCUCAACUUUGACGAGUUCAGGAUGAUGAUGAGGCGCUGAGUGCCAAUUUCCCCCUAUCCCUAUCCCUAUCCCUACUACUCAAUUCUUUCUGCUAAUUCUUUUCAAGUUUUAUCCCAACCAACAUUUUCUUGAUUCUUUCUAACUUUCUGUUCACCCAUCUCUCUGAUUGUAUAUGUAUUGUUGUGAGAUUUUGCUACUUUGCAACGUAUCAACUCUUUUUAUAUGUAUUGUUCCACUUUUCAUCUUUUUAGGUUUUUGUCACAAGUCACCAUCUAGCUUUGUUUCUAUUGUUUUGUUUUACGCUGUUGUUGAUAUUAUAAUAUUUAUGUUACUGCUAUUGAAAUACACACCCAAGCUUGAAAUUCACCAACCACCUGCUUACCUAAGGAUAGGUUUGUCGUAUGUUUAGGAGUGUGUUUGACAUGACUUAAAAAAAAAUAUUUUU